AUGGGUUCAGGUACAUCUACUUUAUGGACUCAUGCAAGGAAAUGUGAAUUUAAUCCUCACAACAAAGAAGGCAAUACCCAAACCCGUUUAAUGAUUAAUAAAACCAAGGAUGAUGAAACGGGACAGACUAAAGUUGAUUUACAAGCUGUGAGGUUUAUUCCAGAAAAAGGUAAGAGAGCAGUAGCUGAGAUGAUAAUCAUUGAUGAGUUGCCAUUAAGCUUUGUGGAGAAUGAAGGUUUUAGAAGAUUAAUGAAGGUUUGCCAACCAGCCCUUCAUAUUGUAUCACGAACGACCAUAAAAAAGGAUUGUUACGAGCUAUAUCUUGAGCAAAAAGCUAUACUAAAAGAGCAGUUAAAAAAAUCCCCUUUAAGGGUUUGUUUAACAACUGAUACAUGGACCUCUUUGCAAAGAAUCGAUUACAUGUGUCUCACUUCACAUUAUGUUGACGAGAAUUGGAAGCUGCAAAAGAAAGUUAUAAACUUUUGUCAGAUUUCUAGCCAUCGAGGGCAUGAUAUUGGGAAGGCUAUAGAGACUUGUUUGAAGAAUUGGGAAAUAGAAAAUGUUUUGACUAUUACGGUUGAUAAUGCUAGUAGCAACGAUACUGCAGUUGACUAUUUGAAGAGCAGAUUGGUUAAAUGGAACGAUCGUUGCAUUCUUCAAGGAAAGUGGACUCAUGUUAGAUGUGUGGCACACAUUAUGAACUUAAUCGUUCAAGAUGGGCUAAAAGAAUUGGGAAUUUCAAUUGAUCGUGUUAGGGCAGCUGUUCGUUGGGUAAGACUAUCAACAGCAAGGUUGAAAAAAUUCUAUGAGUAUGCUAGACAAGAGAAAAUAACAUGUGAAAAGUCGUUAUGCUUAGAUGUUCCAACUCGUUGGAACUCCACUUACUUAAUGUUGAGUGUAGCAGCUGAGUAUGAAAAGGCGUUUGAUAUGUUUGCGGAAGAGGAUUAUAUGUAUUUCCGUGACCUUCAAGGAGGAGAACGACCUGGGGUGCCAGAGACCAGUGAUUGGCAAAAUGUGAAACGUUUGAUAGUUUUCCUUCGCCAUUUCUAUGAGCUUACCCUUAGAGUUUCAGGUACGAAGUACAUUACUUCAAACACAUACUUGGACUCGAUUUAUGUCAUCAAUGAUGUUUUGGAGCAAUGUUCCAAAAAUGAAGAUAAAGAUUUGCAAGAUAUGGCAAGGGAAAUGAAGCUUAAGUUUGAUAAGUAUUGGGGUGAUGUGAAGAAAUUCAAUUUGUUGGUGUUUAUAGCUUCUGUUUUUGAUCCAAGAACAAAGUUUUUGUACCUUGAGACAUCACUUCAUGGUAUGUAUGGUGUUGAUAUUGGGACUAAGGUUGCUAAGUGUUGUGAAGAAGCAUUGAAAGAGUUGUUCAAUGACUACAAAAGAAUCCACUCAGCAUAA